AUGUCGACCAUGUCCCUGAGCCGACCACUGUUUGGGCUGGUUCUGGUCCUAGCAUUCGACGCGCCGAUUCGCUUGGUGUGCGGCGAGCCGAUCAAGGUCAUCAUCGCGCCCCAUACUCACCUGGGUUGGUUGCUCGUGCCUCGCUGGGUUGAAAACAAACUCCUCGUCUCUCGGCAGUGCACCCUCACCAAUCUUGCCGUGGCUACCUCCCCAGAUGUUGGGUGGCUGGAGACGAUGGAUUCGUAUUACGACCUCAACGUGAGCCAUAUCAUUCCCGGCGUGCUUGAUGAGCUGGAUAAGGACCCGACGAAGCGCUUCAGCUGGGCAGAAGUGGUUUACCUCAAGCUCUGGAUAGAGCAAGACGCCACAAGUGCCCAAUUAGCCACGCUCAAGCGCCUCAUUGCCAAGGGCCAGUGGUCCUUUAUCGAUGGAGGCAUGGUCCAACAUGAUCAGGCCUGCCCGACAACAGAACAGAUAUUGCGCCAGAUGAGCGAUGGCCACCGCUACUUGCAAGACCACUUUAGCACCCGACCACGCGUGGGCUGGUCCAUAGAUCCCUUUGGCUCUUCCAACAUCAACGCCCUGUUGUAUGCCACCAUGGGCUUUGACGCCCUGGUCAUUAACCGUAUUCCCGACGAUGAAAUGAACCUGGGCAAGGCCAACCGCCAACUUGAGUUUGUCUGGCAACCCUCACCCAUCCUAAACGAUAGCACCGCCCGACUCUUCACUCACAUAUUUGACUCCUACUACUGCAUGCCCGGUGGCUUCCGGUGGGGCAUGGAAGGCGAUACGAGCCCAGACAUCACCCCAGCCAACGCGGCCGAUCGAGCCCAAGCCUUUGUGCAAGCCGUCUUGCCCCGAGCUGACUGGUACCGCACGCCCUAUGUCCUCGUCCCUUGGGGCUGCGACUUUAUGUAUCAAAAUGCCACCCUAGUCUUCUCCAACACGGACCGACUCAUGGCCGAAAUCAACAGCAAACCUCAAGUCUACAACAUGACCAUCCAAUACGCCACUGUGGAUGAGUAUUUUGCCCUCCUUCAGCGUCAAAACUACACCAAGUGGCCCACUCGCGGUCCGCGCGACUUUUUCCCGUUGGCCUACAACAUGCAAUCCUCCAAACAGUCCGAGGCCCUGGUGGCAGCCUCUACCCUCCAAGAUAUCAUCUUGCACCACGAUGCCAUUACUGGCACAAUGUGUGUGGCAGAAGAAGGGUGCACCGGCGGUGGACAGACCGGGGGCGAUCACAACGUACUCGACGACUACUAUCGCCUUCUUGACGAAAGCGAAGCAACUAUCUGGAAGUUGCUCCGUCAGGGCCUAGCCAACGGCACCUGCUCCUCCUCUGACCUGUUCUUGUCUGAGGAUCGAACUAUUCUCCGCGCUCUGCAGCGCCGCCAAACAGUGCAAUAUCACGUCUUCAACCCGACCCCACACAAUCAGACCUUUGUUGUGGUACUCCCCUCCGUUGUCACUGCCGUCACCACUCAUGAUGGUGCACCCGUUCCCGCUCAAGCUGUACCUUCGGGGCUGUACGGAACCAUCAUUCCCCGCGGCUUGGCUCGACGCAUGAACGAUCCUACUCGAGUAGUCUUGGACCUCGCCCCCUUUGAGCUGCACACCAUUAGUGCUGCUUCAACCGUGCCCUAUGCCGGUGCCCACGCUGGGCAAACACAUAACACCUCACGCACGGUUGUCGUGCCCCAUUCCACGGUGCUGCCAAGGGAAGACCAGACGUUUUCCACGACCAACGGCGUCUUCACUUUGGAGGGUACUCUCACGCAGGGCGUCACUCGCAUAACCAAUCUCCGCACCAACGUCUCGACCCCCAUCGCGUUUGGUUUUGCUUUAUAUGAGAGUUCCAAGGACGGCGCCUACCUUUUCAACGUUACUGGCCCUAGCGUUCCGAUUGGCCCUGGGCCGUCAGACGUGCAGGUCACUCAGGUAUACCAUGGGCAUGUGGUGCAGCUCCGCUUGUACCAUCAUCAGGGCGCCAGCGGUGCGCUUGAGCUUGAUGUGGGGGUUGAUGUCUUGGAUGUGGCCUCCGAGCUCGUUCUCGAGAUUGUGGCAGAUGGGGCAGAUGCGGGCUGGCUGCUAACUGACACCAAUGGUCUGGGUGCACUGCCGCGCCUCGUCAACGGCACAUCUGAUCUGCCUACGCAAACCUAUCCUGCCACGUCGUGGACCUCGAUGCAUAGCGCAAAUGGGGCCAACACUGUGUCUGUCGCCUUUCGUCAGUCGCACACAGUCAUCCAUCCAGCGCCUGGCCGCCUGCAGCUAAUGCUGCAGAAGCGGAUCCGAACGCGAGGCUUGUCAAGCACUGUCGUUCAUGACGAUGUCAGCCCCCUGCAUCAACGUAUGCUACUCACUGUGGGCGAAGCGCCCAAUCAAAGGUUGGUUCUGCGGACAGUGCUGCUAGAGUGCGGCCAUGUGCGCCCUCAUUCUUGGCCUGCGUGGGUGGAAAUGAUUCAGCCAAAGCUCGGUCACCGACAUGGUGGCUGCGUUACAAAAGCCAUUGAUUUACUCGUCAUUAGCUACUGGCCCGUGGUAUGUACAUGCCAGCGGUGUGGCGGUUGGACGCGACCCAGGACGCUCAUCACGUUUUAUGUCGUGUACAGCUUGCCCCGCGCCGUGGCUCCCGCCAUCGCCGCCAUUCCAAGGCAGCUUCAGCUUGUACGCCUCUUUGCUGUGUCAGCCACCGAGUACCUGCUCCAGCUGAAAAAUAUGGAUUUAGCUCAGUUGAGGCCGACCAUGUUUCCAGACUUGUAUGGCAGUCUGAGGACGGGGAGUCGACCUCGGUGCGCCCUGUGAGUUGUAGCCUCAGUGGUACUGUUGCAACGAUUUUUGCAAGUACCGUUGCGACGCUAUCCGUUAAACUGUUGUAGAGCCUGAGCCGCAUUUUUCAUCCUCAGAAUAGGCUCCCCCGGAAUGGACGUAAAAAGUCAUAACUGAAUUUACAUGUUCA